UCUUUCAGUCUUCACCAUCUCCACAUUCAGAACCACCUCAACCUCUGACUUUCUCUCACUUCAUUGUAAAACACAAAUGGCUUCUACUUUUCUCACUGUGAAAUUCUUAGCUCUCAUUUCUCUCUUGAAUGUCUGCUUUGCAUCAAGAGCAAUGCCCAGCGGUUGGGUUGAAGACCCACAAACCCAGCUGAUCAGAUACCACAAAGGCGCUCUUCUCCAUGGCAGAAUCUCCGUGAACCUCAUAUGGUACGGAAAUUUCAAGCCAUCCCAGAGGGCAAUCGUAUCUGAUUUCAUCACCUCCCUGUCCUCUUCCAUGCCCGCUCAGAGCCAACCGUCGGUAGCCGCGUGGUGGAAGACUACAGAGAAGUAUUACCACCUCGCUAACUCCAAGUCCGUCUCUCUCUACUUGGGCAAACAGCUCCUCGACCAGAGCUACUCGCUCGGGAAGUCGCUUUCCGAGAAACAGAUUCUCCAAUUGGCUUCCAAGGGUGAGCAAAUGAACGCCAUUAACGUCGUCUUAACGGCUUCGGAUGUCACCGUCGGAGGGUUCUGCGUCAACAGGUGCGGAUCUCACGGGUCUAAGAGUGCAGUCGUGAAUGGAAAGAAUUCCAAGUUUGCCUACAUCUGGGUUGGCAACUCUGAGACCCAGUGCCCUGGAUUCUGUGCCUGGCCAUUCCACCAGCCCGUUUACGGCCCGCAGAGCCUCCCAUUGGUUGCGCCCAACAAUGAUUUAGGCAUGGACGGGAUGGUGAUCAAUUUAUCCGGGCUUUUGGCCGGAACCGCCACAAACCCAUUUGGGAAUGGGUUCUAUCAGGGCCCGUCGGGUGCCCCGCUGGAAGCUACGUCGGCUUGCCCUGGAGUCUAUGCUAAAGGGGCUUACCCAGGUUAUGCUGGGGACUUGUUGGUGGACUCCACCACUGGUGCUAGCUACAAUGCGCAUGGUGCGAAUGGGCGGAAGUACUUGCUUCCAGCGAUUUACGAUCCUUCCACUUCCAGAUGUUCUACUUUAGUCUAAUUUGUUAUUUAGGAAGAAAUAGUAUAAUACUGGAUUUGUUGAUUCAUUUAUUCUUUUGGUUUUGAGGCAAAUUACUAUGGUUUGCUUUUAGACAAUAAAAGUUCUUGGUCAAAUACUUUUAAGUA